AUGCCAGGAAUAAAGAAAAACAGGAAAACUUACAAUCAGUCUAGUUUUAGACGAGUACUACGAUCGAAACUUAAUUCAAAUGAGGGAUCAAACACAGUUGGAAUAAAAUCCGAUAACUGUGAUAUUUUGAUUUACUUGAUAUAUAUGAACUAUGUUAAUGAGCUAAUAAAUGAAGGUGCAAAGUCUCAAAACGGUGGUGCUGGUGAAGAAGGAGAGGUUACUGAAGAACGUCUAAACAAUGCAAAUGACAAACUAAUCAAGAAAUACAGAGGAUGA